AUGGAUCAGCGUCUUUCAACUUACCCUUUACAUGAAGUUCCCCAGUUUAUACAUCUUACGCCACCACAGCAUUUUCUUGCACAACAACCAUCUCCACAACAACCUGCACCUGCUGGACAAAUUCGUCCACCGCCACAACAAUUUGAACCAGCUGCACCACAGACAUUACCGUCGCAACAAACAUCGCAACAAUUGUCUCCGCAACACACUUUUCCUUCGGGACAACAAUGA